UUAAACCGCCACAAUGUUUAUUUUUUCAGCUUGAUCUGUGUUUACUAUACGUGGUUACUGAAAAAUGACUUCCUAAAUUAUUUAUUUAUAUCAUGAUAGUUUCUAAUUUAGCUGCAUAAUGUAUUAAAGUAUACUUUUUCCUUGAAAGUUUAAUUUUUCCUAAUCUAUGGGAGAACAAAGUUUUUUGGCUUCAUCUAAUCCUGUGUAUAUUGUGAUAAUGAGAAAUUCACGAGGAAAACUAUUUGUGUAUGUUGCUGUCUUAGGUGUUCUAUGCUUUAUUGUAUUUCUUUUAAGUAACACCCGCAACAGUUUAAAAGAAUUGGAAGGUGUCAGUGAAAAGUGUCAACAGCAGCGUGACUCACUUUCUGCCCAACUUCAAGUUGUCUAUGAGCACAAAAAUAGACUAGAAAAAUCACUGCAACAAGAAAAAACAGAUCACAAGCACACUAAAGAAGCUAAUGAAAAACAAGUGUCUGAAAUUGAAAGCAAAUUCCAGAAAGAAAAAGAUGAAAAACAGAAGGUUGAAUCACAGUUGGCUCAGUUAAAAUCAAGUUAUAAUGACUUAGAGGAAGAAAAGACACAAUCUGAAAAUGCUUUACAAGCACAAUUAAAAACAGUUCAAUCCCAGAAAGAUGCAGAAAUUGAAAAAUUACAAACACAUAUAAGUGAAUUACUUUCUGAGAAAGAUAAACUGGAAGUUUCAAAUAAUGCUUUCGCCUGGAAGCUUGAACAACAUUCUAGUGAGCUUAAAUUGUGCCAUCUUCAGUUUGAUCAAGCUAAAUCAGAACUUCAGACUUGUCAAGAGCAACAAAAACUGCACAAUCUGAAUGUAGUUGAUAAUUUUUCUCCUAAACCUGUUUUUUUAGAAAAAGAAACCAAGAAUAUUUUACCAAUCAAUUCUCCAAUACCACAUAAUGAUAAUCUGAAGCAAACUCAAGGGCACCCACAAAUAUAUCAUUUAGCCAAGGGGGCAGAGGGUGGAGGUGCCAAUAAGACUGCUUCACCACUACCUGAUAAACCUGUAAUAUUAGCGAAACCUCACAUUAUGCCUGCUAAUAAUAUGGGUGAUGGUGUUCUCCCCAAACCAUUGGAUCUGAAACCAGAAACUUUUCAUAAGGAUCUUGAUGCUGCCAUUGAAGUCAGUGAUCUCAAAAAAAGUGUCAAACCUUUGAUGCCGGAUGAGCCCCUGCUAAACAACAUUGAAGACAGAGAUGUUGAUUUUCGAGCUAAUCUUAUAAAUGGGGAGAAGAAACCUAUUCCAGCUUUGGCUGUAAAAGACCAAGACAACCAUCCUCAAGUGGUGCCUCCAAACUUAGAAAAUAUUGAUGAUAAAGAUGAUCAUGCUGGUGAAAGAGGAGAAGAUGGCAAUCAGUAUAAUCCUGAUGCAAAGCCUCAAGUUGAGGAGCCAGUUGUGGGACGGCAGAAUAUUCAUCGAAAAGAACCCGUCCCUGCACAAGAAAACAAUGACAUUGGAGUGCAGAUGCAACAAAUGAAUGACAUGAUGAACAAAUCUCCUGGAGAUGUGAACAAUUUGGCUGAACAAAAUGUCUUGGGAAUGCCUCCUCGUCUUGACCCUGCAAGACAAAGGCAUCCUGACUAUAAAAAUGGAGGUCAUAUCUUACACAGAGGCGGUGCAGAAGCUCCUCGAGUGAUAGAUGAUAAAAAUUAUGAAGAAGAUGAUGACGAUAGAGAAAAUGAUGAUGAACCACCAAAUGGUCUUGCACAUGCUAUGAAAGGAGUCAAUAAUAUUUUACAAGAUAAUGAUUUUGAUGACCAAGAUAAUGUUGAUAAUGCCAAGGAAGAAGAAGGUGUAGUUGUUGCACCUAAAUAAAUUUAUCUCCAACUUCAUUCUGAACUUUCUACUGUAAUUGGAGGUGAUAACACUUUUAUAAACCAUGUGGUUGAUGUACUGCACUGGCUUUGUGCACAGAUGUAUGAGUGCCUAGAAACAAUACAUGUUACUGUUUAUGCGAAAUUGAAUCAAUAUCCAAAAGAUCUUUAAAUAUUGAGAUCAAUAUAGAAGUGUUGUUUGGUGGUAAUGUUAUUUUUACAGUUCGCCUCCCACCUUUUCAUGUCUUUCUAUUCAGUCUUCACUCUUGUAAAUGCAGCAGGAUUUCUUUGAAUUUUUCUACUGAUGUGAGAUUCUGUUCUUGUUUAUAUUUUUCUGCAUUUAAACUGACUUUUGUGACCUUGAUUUUAUUUAUAUGGACUUCAACAAUAAAAUUAGCUGUCAGUUUUUGGUGAAAACAUCUAAAAAUCUAAAAUAUUCCUUUAUUAGUGCAAUAUAUUAUUUUAGCUGUAUUAUUCUAUACAAAAGCUUAUUUAAUAUUUAUUUAUUUUUAAUAAAAAGAACAUCAUACAAGAUACAUCUUUAUGUUCUGAACAUUUAAUUAAAAAACAAAAAUAUGGAAAUUAAAUUAACUCAUGUUGAUGAAUAUUUUAUUUCCAAUGAUUGAAUGUUCAUAAAUGAAACUUGCAAAUAGUUACAAUGCAAUAGAACAUUAAUACUAUGAAAAUGUUAUUUAUUAAUUUAUAGUUUAAGAAAAAGAUGCUUUUUAUAUGUUAGAUCAGAAAAAUUUAUAUAUGAAUGCCUUAUAUUCAAUAAUAAUAAAGAGAAAUGAUUAAAAGGUAAUGAAUUUGUGUAAUUGAAACACAAUUACACACUUCUGGAGCAAUUUUUUGAGUGGGGUACAAGGGUAUUUUUAAGCCAUAUCUAUUGGUACUUUACAGAUGAUAUAAAGUAUUCUGAUAAUGUUUGAAUGUAUUUAAAUUUAUAAACUUUUAAGUGAUGAAAAGAAAUCAAUCAAAUAUACUGUUAUACAAUGUAAAAGUAUUAAUAUUUAAUAUCAUCUAUUUUAAUUUGAAUUGUAAUGUACAUAUUAAAGAUUGCUGCAAAAUGCACUGGUUAUCAAAUCCAUAAUUCAAAAAGUUAAUUUCAGAUGAUUUUGAAAUUUUUAAAAAUUUGAACUUAAUUUAAAAUGUUUUUAUUUCUAUAAAUUUUGUAGGUAUUCAUUGAUUAUUUUAAUGUAUUUCUGAAAUGGUGUAUGUAAAAAAAAUUAUAGAAUAUUCAUUUCAUGAAUAUAUGUUGAAGAUUUAGCUAUGUGUGCUAUAUAUUUUCAAAGGCAGAGGAAAUACUUUAGGUAUUGAUGUGAAAUGGAAUGAACAAAAUUUUUUAGAUAACUAAUUAUUUAUUUACUUAAAAUAAUAUUCUUUUCAAUUCUACUUUUUUAUUUAUCAAAUAUAUUUGAAUAUUGUUAAUUUUUUUUUAUUAUAGAGAUUUAUUUUAUUGUUUUGAAUCUUAUGUUAAUUUAGAGAAAAUUAACUGUAAUUUAAACUUUUAACUAUAUAUUUUUCGAACAUAAAUUUAUUUGAAUAUUGAAAAAUAUGCAUGACAUGUACUUAUAUUUUGCUUUGCAUUUUAAACUUCUAUGUGGAAAUUAAUUUUGAUUGAUUAACUUUACUGCUGGAAUGGAAAAAUAUUUGAGGUAAAAAACUUUAUGAAUAAAGGUUUUAGAUGAAUUUUUGAAAAAAGCAGAUUGUAUGUCUUUUAAAAAUAUAUUAUAUCAAGAGAAAAAGUAUUUUAUAAGUUAAUAAAUCAUAAUCAUGUGAGUCAAAUUAAAAUCUACCAUGCACAAGUUAUUCUGGCAUCGAAGAACUUAGUAUAAUUUUGGCAUAAAUUCGAUUUGGAACAAAAAGAUAUUUCAGAACUGAAAUGGUAUUUUUUUUUUCUAUUUUGUGUGAAAUCUACAAAUAUAAUUUUAUAAUUAUAUUUGAAAUAAGUUAUUAUUAAUCAAAUUAAUUCUUUGAACUUUCCAUAUAGAACUUUAUGAUUGAAAUCAUAGUAAUUGAAUUGAAUCCAUUAAAAAAAAUGUUAUUUGUCAUAUUUUCUGAAAAAAAAAGGCAUUAAAAAUCUUAUAUAUUGAAAAUUUAUUAUUGAAAUGCAUUCCAUGUUUUAAUGAGAUGUUUCCCUUUUCCCUAUAUUUCACAGAUGAAAGAAUAUUUAUUGGGGACUUAUAGAAUCUUUUGUUAGAUUAAAUCUUAUUACUUCACAUCUUUAUUAUUUCUUUUUAAAUCAUUCAUAUCAGUGUUUAUUACGUGCUUAACUGUAUCUCAGGAUGGAUUAUCCUAAAAACUUCCUAAAGCCGUAUUGAUAAUGCCAUAUUUCAAAUGAUCUUUUUUUGUUAAUUUUUUGUGUGAUAUGUCUAAACGAAUUUUUGUUCUAUUGUGACAUUUAAAUGGGAAAGCUUUUUUUUUCCUCCUUGCAUUAGAAUGUAAAUGGUUAUUAAAAGUUAUAAUGAUAAUUUUUUGUGGAAGCACUUCUAUUUUUCAUUUGUUAUAAAUUUGUACAUUUGAGUGACUGGGGUAUCAAAAGUUGUAUAAUAAAAUUACUAUUAAUA